UUCCGUUUAAUCGCCUCUCCUGCGCAUACUCUCAUUUUGGGCUGAUCGGCGUGUGCGACGCAGAUAGAUCAGAUCUUCGCUUUUGUAACCGAAAGGUCUGGUGACUUGCUUAACUCGAACGAUACUUUAAGAAGAAGGAACCUGAGACUUAAAUCUUGAAGCUGUUAAGCGUCUACAUGGCCGUCAGAAGAGGACACAUAAGGUAUCUAAAAGUUUGUGAGGUUCAGAACCAGGGUAAUGACAGAGACAAGGGUGCCAGUGCAGUAAAGGAAGUAUAUGACAUGCCGAACGGUUACGAGGACCACAUGGGCGAUGAGCCGAGUGAUGCAAAAACCAACCUCAUCGUCAACUACCUGCCUCAGAACAUGAGUCAAGAGGAGCUUCGAAGUCUGUUCAGCAGCAUUGGCGAGGUGGAGUCAGCCAAACUCAUAAGGGACAAAAUGGCAGGCCACAGUUUAGGGUACGGAUUUGUUAACUAUGUUAACCCUAGUGAUGCAGAAAGGGCAAUCAAUACACUCAAUGGCCUGAGACUUCAGUCUAAAACUAUCAAGGUCUCAUUUGCCCGGCCAAGCUCUGACAGUAUUAAAGAUGCCAAUCUGUACAUCAGUGGUUUGCCCAAGACCAUGACACAAAAGGAUGUGGAGGACAUGUUUACCCGCUACGGGCACAUCAUAAACUCCCGUGUGCUGGUUGAUCAAGCCUCCGGCCUGUCACGUGGUGUGGCGUUCAUUCGGUUUGAUAAGAGGGCAGAAGCAGAUGAAGCCAUAAAAGACCUCAAUGGCUCCAAACCACCUGGUGCAUCUGAACCCAUCACAGUGAAGUUUGCUGCCAGUCCUAACCAGACCAAGAAUUCCCAGCUGCUCUCACAGUUGUACCAUACUCAAUCCCGUAGGUUCGGAGGACCUGUUCACCACCAACAACAGCGCAUCAGGUUUUCACCCAUGAGUGUUGACCACAUGAGCGGUGUCUCUAAUAUGAAUGUGGCAGGCAGCUCUCCCUCAGGCUGGUGUAUCUUUAUCUAUAAUUUAGGUCAAGAUGUAGAUGAAGGGAUUCUGUGGCAGAUGUUUGGUCCCUUUGGUGCCGUCACCAAUGUCAAGGUCAUCCGUGACUUCAAUACCAACAAGUGCAAAGGGUUUGGUUUUGUUACCAUGACAAAUUAUGAGGAGGCAGCAAUGGCCAUUGCUAGCCUCAACGGAUACCGCAUGGGGGACAAAGUCCUACAAGUGUCGUUUAAAAGCAGCAAGGCUCAUAAGUAAAGAAGUGGGGUUUUGUUGUUAACAGCUUAAAGUUCAUUGAGGUUUGUUCUAAAAAUUUCAGUUAUUGUUGACUGUCUACAUAAACCUAUUCAUGCAUCUCUGUUGGGGUGAAUAAGUGUGCUAGUGUUAUACUCUGUAGUUGAGGAAAAACUGUAAAAAUGUAGAAUUUUUGUAAGGUGAUGAUAUAUCCCUGAUGAUUGCCUGGCAUUGUGAAACCCUGGGCAAUUUUAAUUACAUCCAGGGACCAUCAAGGUCCACCCCCCUAAAUAUGUCUGUUUUUGCUCUUUUCUUUCAACCUCUCUUUAAUCACACUGGACUCGUUAGUCCAUUUUUAUUUUCUGAAGGAGUGUCAGUGCAAACCACACAUCUUCACCUCUUCUAGACCUUUGUAAGUAGUGACAGCCACCCAUCUAGUUCUCCAACUAAACCAUCCGUAAUGUGAAAGGAAGUUUGAAGGACCAAAAACUCUGGAGUGUGAAGUAUUGUCACAUAUAUGAUGUCAAGGAAUGAUUAAGGUUUUUUUUUUACUAUUGUCUUUCUAUUUUUGUUCUAUUUCAAACAAUUUCAUUUUAUAUUUUGUGUAGACAUUAAAAUGUUUUGCAGUUAACAGCAUGUUACUUUUUCAUGAUUGUUUGAUUUUUAUCUGGAAGAUUGUUGAAAGAAGCAUUUAAAAAAAUUUGUUUAAAAAAAAAAAAAACAGCAUUGAAUGGAUGGCUCACCCCCCACUUAAAAGGUUUACAAAGUUUCUGUCUUAAAUGAAGUCAAUUUGAUACAGGGUUGUAGGCACAUGUCUGCAGUUAAAUCUAGUUUUUAGACCAGUAUUAAAUGAUGAAUUUUCAGCAUAAAUAUUCAUACAUUUUCAGUGUAGUGCUCUUACCAAGGCAAACCCCAAAUGUAGCUUUUUACAUUGUGAAAUUUGUUUUGCUUUUUGAAGAUUUGUCAAGUUAAAAGGGCCAUGUAUAAGAAUUUAUUUUGCUGUCCCAAGAUCUCAAAGUACUUUCAUAAUACAUCAGGUUGCAGGCCAGCACUAUGCUAAUGUGCAUGUUUAGAUAUGUCGAUAGGGUUGACAUCAGUUUAAUUGUACGUUGUGCUUUGGGUCUGCAUUGAUAGUGACCUAAAGUCAUGUAGCAGGAUGUUCCAUGUGUUUCCUUCCAAUAAAUGCCAGUGUUGUAAAAAUUU